CUUUUUCUUCGUGAAAAAUGUCGAAAACAGCAUUUACGAUAUCAAUGAGAACGGAAGUAAUUCUUGAACAAUUUCGAUGAACAAGAUUACACCAUAUGACACUUCGCUAUAUAUCAAAAAAUAAUGAUCGAUAGAAAAGAAAAGGGUUCGUCAACUAAUACCACUUAUCAUAAGUGUAUAAGUAUGUACAGUGAGAGAGAGAGAGAAAUUGAUGGGAAUUGAACCUUUGUUUUUGGAAUUAGAAAUUCGGAGUGCUCUACUUGAGUUAGCAAGAAUUCGUGCCGCCGAGUAUUAAAUACUAUUGGCUACAGUUAAGAACAACUAAUAAAGAUGUCAGGGAAUAAGUGUCGUAAUUGUGGCUCUAUAGACAUAGAGACAGACCCUGCACGAGGCGAUGCUGUUUGUACAGAAUGUGGAUUUGUACUGGAGGACCAACUUAUUGUCAGUGAGACUACUUUUGAAGAAUCUCCAUCUGGCAAUAUGAUGGUCCUCGGACAAUUUGUUGCAAAUGACAGUACUGGUGGAGCUACAGGAUUUGGCGCAGCAUAUCACGUUAGUGGAAAAGAAUCAAGAGGUAUCACAUUACAAAAUGCAAGAAAAGGAAUAACGCAUCUCUGUAUGCAAUUACAACUCAAUCAGCAUUGCAUCGAUAUAUCUGUUAAUUUUUACAAAAUGGCAUUAAGCCGACAACUGACUCGUGGAAGAAAACAAGCUCACAAUCAUGCAGCCUGUGUGUAUAUCACUUGUCGCACUGAAGGCACGGCUCAUUUGCUUAUCGAUAUCAGUGAUGUUCUUCAAAUUUGUGUCCAUGAAUUGGGACGGACGUAUUUGCGGUUCACACAAGCCUUAUGUAUCAAUAUACCUUCAGUAGAUCCUUGUUUGUACAUUAUGAGAUUCGCAAAUAAGCUUGAAUUUGGUGAAAAAACUCAUGAAGUAUCAAUGACUGCAUUAAGAGUAGUGCAAAGAAUGAAAAGAGAUAGCAUACACAGUGGUCGGAAACCAUCAGGAUUAUGUGGCGCGGCUUUGUUAAUGGCAGCACGAUUACAUGAAUUUAAUAGAUCCCCUGCUGAUAUUGUAAAAAUUGUCAAAGUUCAUGAAUCUACUUUACGUAAAAGAUUAAUGGAAUUUGGAGACACACCUUCUAGUGCCUUGACUUUGGAAGAAUUUAUGACAGUUGAUUUAGAGGAAGAACAAGAUCCACCUGCAUUUAAAGCUGCUCGUAAAAAAGAUAGAGAACGAUUACAAAAAUUAGAAAAUAUAGAUUCAGAAAUAAAUGAAUUUCAAGCUGAAAUUGACAGACAAAUAGAAGAACAAAAAGUUGGAAAAGGAAAAAAACGCAAAGAUGGCCCUUAUCUAGAAAGUGAUUAUGCUGAUAGAUUUAUUAAAGAAACUAAUUUAAAUAUUAUUAAAGGUUGCAUUGAUUAUGAACAUGUGGAUUCGGAUGUUGAGGAAGAAUUACUUGAACGUAAUAAUGAUACGUUAUUUACAGGACUUGGUCCUGAUAUUGCAUCCAUGGGUUUAAAUGGAACAAAGGAAACGACUAGAGAAUCAAAAGAUAAAAUAGAGACAAAUUUUGAAAAUUUCUCUGGAGAAAUUGACAGUGCUGACAUUGACGAUGACGAACUGGACGACUAUAUAAUGACAGAAAAAGAAGCUGAAUUCAAAGAUACUUUAUGGAAAAAAGUCAAUGCAAAAUAUUUGACUGAACAACAAGAAAAAGAAGAACGACGAAAGAAAGAAAAGGAAGAAGGUAAACCAGAGAAAAAGAGAAGACGUACUACAAAACGAAAUAAAAAUCAAGGUCCUGCUACUACUGCAGGAGAAGCUAUCGAAAAAAUGUUGCAAGAGAAACGUAUAUCUUCUAAAAUCAAUUAUGAAGUAUUAAAAAGUUUAAACGUUAACGGUCCAAGUAAUCAACAACAGAAAGAACAAGAAAAAUCACCAUGUAAAUCUAAAAUUGAAAUUAAAAUGGAGAUUAAAUCAUCAGGAACAUCUGUUUCAUUAUCAAAGAAUGUAGGAAUAUCAUUAUCACAAGAGACACGUCCUCUAAAAUCUAAUAAACGACGUAAGGUAGAAAUAACAAGUCCAAAAGAAUUGGAAGAAUCUGUGGAGGAAGAUAUGGCACCUCCUACACCGCCUGCACUUGAUGCAUCAAAUGUUGUGGACGAAGCAGAAGAUUAUAUAGACGACGCUAUUGAUGACCCUACCGAAAUGACAGUAGGGCAAAUGCUUGGACGACAUACUACAAAUGAUGAUGAUGAUGACUAUGGAUAUGGCUAUGAAGAAGAAGAUUAUUAAUACUAAAUCUUGAUUAAUGGCAUUUUAUCCCUAAAUAUACUUGGUCUCUUUCAAAGAACCAUCGUUAAUUUAA